CCCUCGCACGCACACACACAUAUAUGUAUGACAAAUUUUGAUUAGUUUUUUAACAAUGAAAAUAGAUUUGAAAGAAUUAGCUGCAGAGCUUUACGAUGUCGGUGCUAUUAAAUAUGGCAAUUUUGUAACAAAAAUCGGACUCCCAACUCCAAUUUAUAUCGACUUGAGAGUCAUUAUUUCUUAUCCAGACUUAUUACUUCGAAUAUCAAAGUUUCUCUGGAAUCUUACAGAUGAGCAGAAUUUUACACACAUAUGUGGAGUGCCGUACACUGCUUUACCUAUAGCUACAGUGAUUUCUACAGAGUCAUCUAUACCAAUGCUAAUACGAAGAAAAGAAGCAAAAUCCUAUGGAAUGAAAAAAAUGGUAGAAGGUGUUUUUAAAUUAGGAGACAGGCCAGUUAUAGUAGAAGAUAUUAUAACAAGUGGUUCUAGCAUUAUAGAAACUGUUACAGAUUUAAGAAAGGAAGGUCUUAAUGUUAAUACAGCUCUUGUGAUCGUAGAUAGAGAACAGGGUGGUAAAAAGAAUUUGGAAAAUGCAGGUAUCGCUGUUAAAAAUCUGUUUACCAUAACGGAACUUAUAAAUUAUCUGCACGAAGCUGGAAAAUUAACGGAUGAAUCUGUAAACGUAAUAAAAGACUAUAUUAAAAUAGUUAAAGCACCAUUAACAAAAACAGAUAAUAACGAUCGCUUAAAGUUAGAUUUUAUCUCGCGUUCGAAACUGUCAAAAAAUCCAAUGGCUAUUAAAUUGUUUAAAUUAAUGUACGAGAAGCAGACAACGCUUUGCUUAGCAGCUGAUUAUAGAAAAAGUCAAGAAAUUCUUGAUCUCGCAGACAUUGCUGGAUCACAUAUAGCUGUUUUGAAAAUACAUGUAGACAUCAUAGAGGAUUUUGAAAAAAGUUUUGUGGAACAAAUAAAACAUAUCGCCACAAAACAUAAUUUUCUCAUAAUGGAAGAUAGAAAAUUUGCUGAUAUUGGUCAAAUUGUAUCAUACCAAUAUAAAAAUGAUGUUUAUGCUAUUUGUGAAUGGGCUGAUUUAAUAACAGUGCAUCCAAUUUCUGGAAACGGUAUAUUCCAAAGUAUUAAGAAUGAUUUUGAUGCUAUAUCACACGAUAGAGGAAUUUUCGUAGUAGCAGAAAUGUCCUCGGAAGGAGCAUUGAGUAUGGGCAAUUAUGUCACAUCCGCUAUUACUAACUUCAAAGAUACAGAUUUAGUCACUGGCUUUGUUUGUCAAAAGAAUAACUUCACGGAACCAGGCCUCAUUCAACUUACACCAGGUGUUAAACUUACCGAGUCUAAUGAUAACUUUGGCCAGCAAUAUAAUUUGCCACAAUAUGUUGUUAAUUCAGGGGCAGAUUUAGUUGUUGUUGGUCGAGGAAUAACGCAAGCUAAGGAUAAAUUAGCAUCUGUUUUACAAUAUAAAAAAAUUCUUUGGGAAACUUAUGAAAAUAGAAUAAAAUGUUAAAGAUCUUUCAUAGAAAUAUCUUAAUUUAAUUUUGUUAAAUAUUGGAUAUUAAAGCAAAGUGACUAAACUAAUCUAGGAAGUUGAAAAUAUGUUUUUAAUAUUUGCGAUUUAUUAUUAGUUAAUAAAUUAAA